CCUCAACAUUAUCUGUGCCACGAAAGUAUAUCAACCUCACAUAUUCUUUUACUACAACAGCAAUCAAGACCACAAUGUGGUCCCCCACUCCCAAGAUGCCUCUCGACAUCAAGAUUGACGACCACUAUUGUUCCAAGAUCUACACUAGCGGCUCCCAUAUCACAGGCACGGUAGCUAUCUGUCCAGAAAGCCGUACUCCAUUCCAUUGCAUUCAAAUAGCUCUCAUGGGCAUCUCUCAUACCCGGGUCGAUAUGUUACCUGUCCCCAAAACCACCACCGACGUCUUCCUCAACCUGGACAUGCCCAUCACGAAGACUUCCUAUCCGCAAGGACAAGUCUUUGCAGCAGGAGAAACCCACAUUAUCCCAUUCAACUUCACCAUACCACGAGAGCUUCACACAGAUGCUUGUGAGACUGGCCAAGGCGAACAUUCCCACGAUCAACACAUGCGGCUCCCUCCAUCGAUGGGCGGCUGGGAAAAGGACGACAUGUCGCCAACAAUGGCUCAAGUCGAGUACAAGAUAGUCGCACGACUGCUGCGCAAAAGAUCCUCCAGCCCAAAAGAUACCAUCGAGGCCAGCCAACGGAUCAUGGUCCUCCCAGCAUUUGCUGAAGACCCGCCCUUGAGCAUCAACAACCAAGAUGCAAGUCUUCUCUCCACGCAAAAAGAUCGCAUUGUCGUCAAUGCGCUUCAGCCUGAAGCAGUCUACAUCAGCAUCGGCGGACACCAGCUCCCCGACUCUCACGCCUCCGUAACACUGGACCUGAGCUUUGAAUCUACCUCCUCGUUUUCGUUUCCGCCGGAAGUGACACUGGGCCAGGUCAAGCUAGAGGCUCAGACGUGGUUCACAGGCACCCCGAUGAAGAUGUUGCCAGACCUAGGAGACCCCCGUGAGGCAGCAGGGCUGCGCCACGAGCUGCGAUACUCUACCCAAACCAAGCUCUCUACAACAGAUACGGGAGUCAUCCUGUGGCACAAGGAUGAUCGGACAGAAGAUCGCAAGGUGUUCUCGUGGAGUUCAAGGACCAAGGUUCCUAUCCGUCUCACUACGGCACACAAGAUGUUCCUGCCCACCUUCUUCAACUGUUUCAUUGCUCGGAGCUACAUAUUGCGCAUGUCUGUCAACUUCAACGGCUCCAAGACCAACCUCUCUGUCCCGCUGCAGAUUGCGUCGCAGUCACUUUAUCCCCAAGUGAUGGAGCCAGAGGUGGAGGACCUGCCAUCUUUUGAAGCAUCUCUUGCUUGGAGAUGA